AUGACUACAACAACCACAACAACUACAACAACUUACCAGCCAGGUAUUUCAAAUAAAUCAUAUGGUCACAACACCUAUCAAAAUCAAUAUAAUAAUUAUAAUGGCAAAUCUUUACAAAAUAUACAUUUAAAACCAAAUGGAAUAAAUUUAAGUGCCAGUGGAGAGUUAGAACCUGGUCAAUAUAUUGAAGAUAUUAAUAAAAAAAAUAAUAAAUUAAAUAGUAGUUCAAAAUAUAGUAGUAGUAGUAGUGGUAGUAGUAGAAGAAGGAAUAGGAGUCCAUCAAGAAGCCGAAGUAGAUCAAGAUCUAGAAGUAUAUGUAGAUGUAGAGUACGUUGUAAAGGUAGAUGUCAAACUUCAAGUAGUAGAUAUAAAUCUAGUAGUAAAUCAAAUGGUAAAUCAUUGAGAAGUGGUGGCCGUAGUGGUUAUAGAAGUUAUAGUAGAUCAAGAUCAAGAAGUAGGAGUAGAUCAAGAAGUGGUGAUAGUAGAUCAAGAUCAAGAUCAUUGAGAAGUAGAAGUAGAAGUUAUUCAACAAGUCAAAGUAGAUCACCAAGAAAUAGUUUAAAUGGCAACAGAAAAAGAUCAAGAUCAAAUUCGAGAUCGAGUAGAAGCCACAGUAGAUCAAGAAGUAGAAGCAGAUCAAGAAGAUACUCUACUAGUAAGAAAUAUAGAUCACCAAGGGAUAAAAAAAGAGAUAGAAGCCGUAGUAGAUCAAGAUCUAGAAGCUUUACACCGGAUAGAAAUAAAAAUAAAUAUAAUAAUGGAAAAUCUUCUCUAAGAAAUAGCCAGCAGCAAAUUCCACAACAACCUCCUGCCCCACCUCCGUUGCCCCCAACACCAACUUUAAAAGAACAAAUGAUGGAUAUGGAUGUAGAACCAACAAAUAAUACAACUAGUUCAAAUAAUACAAAUAAUAGCAGUGGUAAUAGUAGUACAAAUAAUACCGGUGAUAAUAGUAAUAGUUCAAUUAGUGAUAAUAAUAAUAAUGAUAACAAUAAUACAAACAAUACAAAUAAUAGUGAUGGUAACAAUAAUAAUAAUAAUAAUAACAAUAAUAAUAGCAAUAAUAACAAUAACAAUAGUUUAAAUAGUAAUGAAAGUUCUCCACAAGAGCAGCAGCAACAACAAAGCUCUCCAAUUAAAUCAAAAAGUUUUUCAGAUAAUGAAGAGGAAGAAGAACAAGAGGAGGGAAGUAUUAGCCCAAUAAGAGAACCAUCACCCAAAAUUGGUAAAUACCAACAAGAAGAUAUAUCGUUUUUAGAAAAAGAAUGGAGAUUAAUUGAAAAAGAGCGUAGCAAUAGUAGUCUUGAUGAAGAAAUGUUUUGUACUGAUGAAAUCGAGAUGGGAGUUUAUUCUUCACCAACUAGCUCAUCAACAACAUCUACUUCAAGUCAAACUAAAAUUAGCUCAUCAUCACCAAUAAAAUCAAGUGUCGCUUUAAAUAGUAACAAAGAUGGAAAGAGAGCAAAGAAUAGAAUUUCAAAAGAUUUUCAAAUUGUGCAAACAGAACCAAUUGAUGUAUCAAAAAUUAAAAAAUAUAAAUCUUUGUUGUGUGGUGAUGGAUGGUUUUAUAAAGGUGACAAUCCUACUCAAAAAGAACCUUGUUUAAAUUGGAUUUUUACAGACUCUGGACCCCCUGUUGAUCCAAGAAAAAACAGGAACUAUAUAAAUGUUAGAUAUGUUUACGAUUCCGAUAAAAGAUAACAAUAAUCAUAAUUUUAAAUCGGAGGGUCAAUUUUAAUAGUAAAAAAAAAAAAAAAUAGAAAAAAAAAAAGUAACUCUUUUGUUAGCUGUUACUAUUAUAUAAAUAAAGAAUAUAUUUAUAAAAUAAAUAUAUUUAAAUUAAUAAAAAAAAAGUUUUUAUUAUAUGACAU